AUGAAGACCAGAAGCUUCUUGGUCCAGAUUGUGGUCCUUCUUGUCCUUGGGACGCUGGUGGCAAAGGCAGCUGUCAUAACAAGUAGUCCGAAAAGUCAAGGCAUUAAGAAAGGAAAUGUUGUAGUCAACGGAAAGGGUCCAAUCAAUGGUCAAUCGCCUGUCAAAGGACAAGACCCAGUGAAAAGUCAAGAUCCAGUGAAAGGUCAAGGUCCAGUGAAAGGUCAAGAUCCAGUCAAAGGACAAGAUGUAAUUGUAGGACAAGAACGAGCCAGCCUUCCAUUCAAGCGUGGCACUUGCCCCAGGGUUCUGAUCCGGUGCGCCUUGUGGAAUCCCCCUAACAAGUGUCUGAGAGAUGCUCAGUGCCCAGGAGCCAAGAAGUGCUGUGAAGGUUUUUGUGGGAAGACCUGUAUGGAUCCCCGGUGA